AUGGUAGAGUCUGUGUGCUUCUGUUUAUGUUUCAACGCCAUGUGCGGUAGUAAUCCAUUGAACAAGAUUCGUGGAUGUGAUCGCCAAGGGUGUGGUCAUUACGGAGCAUCAAGAUAUGGAGGCAGAAGGCACGAUGGAAUAGAUGUUGAAUGUGAGCCAGGGAGUUUUGUGUAUGCACCCUUCAGUGGGACCAUUGUUAGACAAUCAAGGCCCUAUAAAACUGGUGGCUCUCACAAUAAUGGAUUAGUGAUCAGGGGCUCUGGUUCUUGGAAAGGAUUUAAAGCAAAAAUGUGGUGCUUUGCACCAACAAAAACAAGUGGUUGGAUGACAGCUCGGCAAAAUCUUGGUAGUUCUGUAAGGUUACCUUACUAUGGUAUUACUCAACAUCUACAUCUACAAUUGCUGAAAAAUGGUCGGUCUGUUGACCCAACAAGUUAUGUCUGUUAAAAGAACAAUUGGAAUAUAUAUUUUAUAUGUUUACCUAACUGCACAAUUUUUGUACUAAACUUUUUGUACUAAACACAUAAUUGUAAAUGUUGAAUUUAAUGCAUUUUUAUUUAAUAUAUUUUUUAGUUAUUCUAUUUAUCAAAUGUUUAAUAGAAACGUAAGAAGGGAUACUAUAUACACAAUACAACAAGAUGUAACAGUAUACUGAGCAUCUAAAACUUGAUGUAUGGCUAUAUGCCAUAGAAGCUGGUAAUUUACUGCUAAAAGAC